AUGCUUCGCGAAAUCUUGUACGCCUUCACUGGGUUAGCCCUGUUGGCUUAUGCCGCAGAUUUCUAUUACAACGCUGGAGAUGAUCCAAAUGAGCCGGUCCGGAUACGUUCGAGAUUUCCCCUUAUCGGACAUGUCCUGGGAUUGAUGAAUCAAGGGCCAACCUAUUACAGAAAGACAAGCAAUUCAACCGAAGCCGAGAUCUAUACCCUGGGAUGUUUCAACUUCAAGGUAUACAUCAGUGCGUCCAGCCGGCUUCUACCAUUCAUCCAGAAGCAAUCCAGAGCUCUGUCUUUCCGACCUUUCCUCCAGCUCGUUGCGCGAAAGUAUGGUGAUGCUUCUCCUGCGACUUACGAGAUUUUCGGAGGCAGUCUGCCCGAUGACCUAAGCCAGUCGGUGAAAAUGAGCUUGGCUCCAGGCCGCCAUCUUGAUGAACUGAGCCUUCGAAUGGGCAAGAGAGUCUUAAUAGACAUCGAUGAAUUGCUUUCAGCUAAGGCAGCAGUACCGUUGUUGUCUUGGGCUAGACAUGCUGUUGUGCAAGCAACAAGUUGUGCCGUCUAUGGAGAGAAGCACCCUUUUCUCGACCAGGACAUAGAGAACUCUUAUUGGAAAUGGAUGACAUAUCUUACUGCCCACUUGGUUGGCUGGCUCGAUGUGACGAAGAAAGGUUAUGCGGCAAGAGAAAAGGUGUUUCAGUCAUACAUCAGGUACUGCAAAACGCUCCCCCAGGAGAGCUCUUAUCUUAUGAAAGAGCAUCAACGCGUUCUGGGAGAGGCCGGGGUAUCUAGUACGGACAAGGCUAAGCAAGCCGCCAUCUUCACCAUUGCCUCCUUCAGUAACUCAGCGCCGACUUUGUAUUGGACCUUGUGGGAACUCUUCUCACGACAAGAAAUUCUCGAAGAGGUCAGAGCAGAGCUUACAGAACACGCAGUUGUCGAGUCGGAAGACAGAGACUUCGUGCUUGACGUCGCCGCCCUCAAGUCUCAGUGCCCCCUCCUCCUCUCGGUGUUUCAAGAAACUCAGAGAACUCGCCACGUCAAUCCCAGUUUUCGCAAAGUCUUGACAGACACGCUUUUGGACGACAAAUACCUCUUGAAGGAGGGUAAUUACCUCCAAGUACCCGGAAAUGUCAUCCACAACGAAACUGGCAUUUGGGGCCCGACAGCUUUGCAAUUCGACCCAUAUCGCUUCAUACCCAAGAAGGGAGGCGAGCGAGAUGUUUCGACUGCCAGCGGCUUUGUCCCAUGGGGUGCUGCGCCGUACCUAUGUCCGGCGAGACAAUUUGCCGCAACCGAGAUUCUCAUUAUAGCUGCGCUGCUUGCCAUGAGGGCCGAUUUAUCACCCAUGCAUGGAUCUUGGGACAAGAAUCCAGCUGUCAAUUAUGCGGAUCUUGCUACCCUUUCGCCGCCUAUAAAGGAUGUCGGCAUGCGCGUACGAGUUCGAGAAGGGUGGGCUGGCAAGUGGACAGUGCAGAUGGGCGAGAGUCGAAGCCGCGUGCCUCUCGCCUCCGGGUAG